AUGAAUGGGGAGGAGAGGGGCAAAUACCUGGUCCUUACUCUUAAUAAUUGUGCUAAAUUUAUUGAGUCAGGAAGCAUCGUGAAUGCAGAUACUGCACUGGACUAUAUUGCUCACGUUGCAUCCCAUGAUGGUGAUGCAAUGCAGCGAGUAGCCACCUAUGUGAGUGAGGGCCUAGCUUGCCAAGCACUGAAAAAUUUUCGUGGUGUACCUAAAGCUCUGAGUUUGUCAAAAACAUUGUCAACAUCAGAAGAACUACUUGUUAAGAAAUUAUUCUUUGAUAUGUUUCCAUUUUUAGAGAUUGCGUAUGUGAUCACAAGUCAUGCCAUUGCUGAAGCCAUGGAAGGGGAAGAAGUGAUCAAUAUCAUUGAUCUCAGUGCAUCUGAUGCUGCUCAGUGGAUUUAUCUUAUGAAGAGAUUAAAAGAAAAUCAAAAUAACACACCAUUUCUGAAAAUUACAGGCAUUCAUGAGAAGAAGGAAGUGUUGGAGAAAAUGGCCAUUUAUUUGAGAGUAGAAGCAGAAAAGUUGAAUUUCCAUCUUCAGUUCAAUGCUAUUGUAAGCACUUUGGAGAAUCUUGACCUUGAAGGAUUGCCUGUCAUGAAAGGAGAGCCUCUAGCAAUCAGUUCAGUACUUCAGUUACACUCUCUUCUGGCCACUGAUGACCCAAUUGUGUGCAGCAGGAGCUUGCCUGCAGAAUCAAUGAAUCAACGAACCUUUGCAGAGAUGCUUGGGAAACAAAAGAUCAACCCGAGUUCGAAUUCAUCAUUGUUACCACUUCCUCUAUGUGCUUCUUCACCAAGAUGGUGUGCUUUCUAA